AAUUGGCCGUCACUGCCCCACGGCGCCUCGGAUUCUAUGAUGGUGGCGUCCAAUCAAGACCUGUCCCUUCCCCGAUCGGGGAGCUAGCGUCCCUUCAGGCUUGGGCUGCAGCAAGGAGGCACCUCUAGUCCCCCAUUUUUUUCCGGGAUCUCUGUCCCCAACGCCAGACAAGUCCCCGUACUGCGGCGCCGUCCGGAAGCUGUGCGGGGAUCCUGGGACCUAAGGCGUCGGACCCCAGCUCUUCUUCAAGCCCAGCGGGCAGGGUCAGGGGCAGCCGAGCUGCCCGAGUCCUCUUCCCUCGCAGGGAAGCGAACUUUGAAACUUAGUUGGAAAGCCAGACGGUCGGUCGGUGCGUCCCCAGGUCUGUGCGUCGGUCCGGGUCAGGCUGGAGCCGAGCGCGGCUUUUCGUCACUCGGAGCCCGGAUUGAGCAGAGCGCGUGGGUCUCCGGGCGGUCGGGGCGCAGACGCGCGGGCUCUGCGGUGCUGCGUGGUGACUGCGCGUCGGAUGGCUCGAUCCGCGACCCUGUGAGUCUGAUGGUGACAGUGCCUACGUGGGGAUGAGUGACGGAAAUCCAGAGCUCCUGCCAACCAGCCAGACCUACAACAGCCAGAGCGAGAGCAAUGAAGACUAUGAGAUUCCUCCUAUAACACCUCCCAACCUCCCUGAGCCAUCCCUCCUGCACCUGGGGGACCACGAAGCCGGCUAUCACUCGCUGUGUCACGGCCUUGCGCCCAACGGUCUGCUCCCUGCCUACUCAUACCAAGCUAUGGAUCUCCCAGCCAUCAUGGUGUCCAACAUGCUGGCCCAGGAUAGCCACCUGCUGUCCGGCCAGCUGCCGACGAUCCAGGAGAUGGUCCACUCGGAGGUAGCUGCCUACGACUCAGGCCGGCCAGGGCCCCUGCUGGGCCGCCCUGCGAUGCUGGCCAGCCACAUGAGUGCCCUCAGCCAGUCCCAGCUCAUCUCCCAGAUGGGCAUCCGGAGUGGCAUCGCCCACAGCUCCCCAUCACCCCCAGGGAGCAAGUCAGCGACUCCCUCUCCAUCCAGUUCCACACAGGAGGAGGAGUCAGAUGCCCAUUUCAAGAUCUCGGGCGAGAAGAGACCCUCAGCAGACCCAGGUAAAAAGGCCAAGAACCCAAAGAAGAAGAAGAAGAAAGACCCCAAUGAGCCACAGAAGCCUGUGUCGGCCUACGCUCUCUUCUUCAGAGACACCCAAGCCGCCAUCAAGGGGCAAAAUCCCAGUGCCACCUUUGGGGAUGUCUCCAAAAUAGUGGCCUCCAUGUGGGAUAGCCUGGGAGAAGAGCAGAAACAGGCGUAUAAGAGGAAGACCGAAGCUGCCAAGAAGGAGUACCUGAAAGCCUUGGCGGCCUACAGAGCUAGCCUCGUCUCCAAGAGCCCUUCGGACCAAGGCGAGGUCAAGAACGCUCAGGCAAACCCACCAGCCAAAAUGCUCCCACCCAAGCAGCCCAUGUACGCCAUGCCCGGCCUGGCUUCCUUCCUGACGCCCUCCGACCUGCAAGCCUUCCGCAGCGGAGCUUCCCCUGCCAGCCUUGCCAGAACGCUGGGCUCCAAGGCCCUGCUGCCCGGCCUCAGCACGUCCCCCCCACCACCCUCCUUCCCUCUCAGCCCCUCAUUGCACCAGCAGCUGCCACUGCCCCCCCACGCGCAGGGCACCCUUCUCAGCCCACCUCUCAGCAUGUCCCCAGCCCCUCAGCCUCCUGUUCUGCCUGCCUCCAUGGCACUCCAGGUGCAGCUGGCGAUGAGCCCCUCGCCUCCAGGGCCACAGGACUUUCCACACAUCUCUGAGUUCCCCAGUGGCUCUGGCUCCCGCUCACCUGGCCCAUCCAACCCUUCCAGCAGCGGGGACUGGGAUGGGAGUUACCCCAGCGGGGAACGCGGCCUCGGCACCUGCAGACUCUGCAGAGGCAGCCCACCGCCCACCGCCAGCCCAAAGAACCUACAGGGACCUUCUGCCCGCUGACCUGCUUGCUCCAGGGUAGCUGUGGACCCCACUCCUUGGCCUGCACACAGUCCCCUGCGUCUGGACUUCUGGCCCCAGCCCAAGCUCACCGGGCUGCCCCCCUCCAGGUUGCUUAGCAACAGACACCCACCCCAGAUGCUGGGCCAGCCACAGGUGUGCUCUCGGUGUACACAAAAAGAUGCUGAAACCCACACUGUGGGUUCCGUGUAAGUAGUUCACUGUUUUAGAACCGUGCUGAAGACAUCUGUGAGAUUAUUUUGUGGGGAGAAAGAAAGUUUCCUUUAAGGUAAAAAAAAAAAAAGAAAAAGAAAAAGAAAAAGAAAAAAACAUUUUAUAAGACCUUUAGCACAUUUUUUUUUUAAGUUUUAUCUUAAGGGAGACACGUGCACAGAAACUGUCAAACUGAUUCUUAUCUGCACACGGAGAGAACGGGAGCUUUUAAGCCACACCCAGGGGGUUUCUCCCCCUCCUUCUUCUUCCUCUUCUCCUCCUCCGCCUUCUCCUUCCUCUUUUUCUUUUCCUUCUUUCUCUUCUUCCUCUUCCUCCUCUUCUUUCUCUUCUUCAUGUUCUUUUUCCUCCUCCUCUUUUCCUUUUCCUUUUUUUUUUUUAAUAUCACAUAUCCACCUAAUUUAAAAUUGCCAGCAACAAUUUUGGUCAUCUAUUUAUGAAGAAAAGUUGAGAACAAGGCUGUGGUUUCUCCUAACGUGUGUGGUUUGGGGUCUGGCUUUGGUUUGUGUCUUUUGCAGCUGUCUCCUGGCCCUUGCAAUGUCUGUCCCGGUACCCCAGUGCUUCGCUCAGACCUCUUUGUAAUAAAACUUCUGAAAAGUGGCAAGCAA